UUAUUAUUUAAUUUUUAAACUUCACAUUCUUUUGAGUUUUUUUUUUUUUUUUAAGCAAAAUGGACCCGAGCCAACACAACCCUCCUGCCGGACACCAAAUCGUCCAUGUUCGGGGCGACUCUGAAACGGACCUGGAGACGCUUUUUAACAUCGUGAUGAACCCGACCAGCCCGAACAUCCCGCACUGUGUGCCCAUGAGGAUGAGGAAGCUGCCGGACUCCUUCUUCAACCCCCCCGAGCCCAAGUCCCACUCCAGACAAGCCAGCACUGAUGCUGGGAGUGGCUCAGUGCUCACCCCCCACCACGUCCGUGCGCACUCAUCCCCAGCCUCCCUUCAGUUGGGAGCUGUGUCUGGGGGCUCCCUGUCUGGAAUGGCCUCAGCGGGGGCUUCUCCUCAACAUCUCCGUCAGUCGUCCUACGAGAUUCCUGAUGACGUGCCCCUGCCCGCGGGGUGGGAGAUGGCCAAGACUUCCUCUGGCCAGAGAUACUUUCUCAACCACAUCGAUAAAACCACCACUUGGCAGGAUCCUCGCAAGCCCUUGCUCCAGAUGAACCAGGCUGCUCCUCCCAGCUCUGUGCCAGUUCCACCACAGAACCUGAUGAACCCAACCAGCGGACCCCUUCCUGAUGGUUGGGAACAAGCAAUUACACCAGACGGAGAAAUUUACUACAUCAACCACAAGAACAAAACCACAUCCUGGCUCGACCCACGACUCGAGCCACGCUAUGCUCUGAACCAGCAGAGGAUCACGCAGAGUGCUCCAGUGAAACAGGGAGGCCAGCUACCUUCCAGCACUCACGGCGGAGUCCUGGGAGGAAACAACCAGAUGAGGCUGCAGCAGAUCGAGAAGGAGCGACUCAGACUGAAGCAACACGAGGCGCUUCGGCAAAGACCGCAGGAGCUUGCUUUGAGGAACCAGCUUCCCACCAGUAUGGAUCAAGAUGGCGGCACUAACCCUGUGUCCUCCCCUUUGGCCCAGGAUGCUCGGACCAUGACUGCCAACAGCUCUGACCCAUUCCUCAACAGCGGGACCUACCACUCCAGAGACGAGAGCACAGACAGUGGACUGAGUAUGAGCAGCUACAGUGUUCCUCGCACUCCAGACGACUUCCUGAACAGCGUGGAUGAAAUGGAUACAGGGGACCAACUUCCACCCUCCAUGGCAACGCAGCCCAGUCGUUUCCCUGACUACCUGGACGCCAUCCCAGGAACGGACGUGGAUCUGGGCACCCUGGAAGGCGAGAGCAUGGCGGUGGAGGGCGAGGAGCUGAUGCCCAGUCUGCAAGAGCCCCUGAGCUCCGACAUCCUCAGCGACAUGGAGUCUGUGCUCGCGGCUACCAAGAUCGACAAGGAGAGCUUCCUCACGUGGUUAUAGAGGACAGGGGCGAGGCGCGCUCUUCGCUCUGAACUCCCGUUCCUACGCUCUGAACUUCUGCCUGCUCUCAUCUGUGAAGGAUUUGCUUUUUACAAGACAUUUCAGCGAGCCGCUCUGAACUUCUGUGCCUCUCAGCGUGUAAGGCUAACCUCUUUUCAGGCAGUAUUGUUCUACUCUUUUCUCUGGUGUUUUUUUUUUUUUUUGUCUCUUAAUUUUGUCUGUGACUUCAAGGCUGGCCUAUGAACAGACAAUUACGCAAGGGCCCCUAAAUCGUUCACAGGUCUCGUCAGUGGAUCUAGGGCUUCUUUACCCAGCGCAUAGCUGAACUGGGCAGGUGCAUGUACUCCUCUGCAAGGAUUACCAUUACUGCUUGUCACCCAGAAUCUUCGGAGCCUUUCUGUAUAGCAUGAAGCAGCACUACAGAACUGUGUUUAUUGCAUUUAGUUGACUAGCUUUAUAUUUGGCUUCAACUUUCUUUAAAACAAGCCUGAAUAACCAAAAAUGAUGUAUUUGGAGCGUAACGAACAAUACUGAUUUGGAGUGAAGGUAACGCGAGGCCCA